GCUUUAGCUGCAGCCAAGAAUAACAAUACGCACCGACGGUUGUUUUGUUGUUGUGUGAGUGUGCCAAGGAAGAUUAAGCGAAGAAAGGGGGAGGAAAUUGAUUGUUUGCGUUGGCAGGUGAGGGCGGAUAGCAGGAUAAAUAGAACGCAUCAAGCGCAAGAGAGCCGAUAAAUUGCACGGCAAACGUAAUACCAGCGAGCAAGCGGCACGAUACAAUCCCUCUGGGAGUGAGCAAAUGACGUAAAUAAUGUGCUGCUAGCCGCCUGACUUCCCGGACGAAACGAUCAAUCGCGAACGAAAAUCGAAGUGCGUGGAGGAAAGAAGGAGCCAAGAUGAAUCUGGUUGAUUGCAACCCGUACGGCAAUGGGUUGCUGUAUGCGGGCUUUAAUCAAGAUCAGGGUUGUUUCGCCUGUGCCACCGACAAUGGCUUCCGUGUGUACAACAGUGACCCGCUAAAGGAGAAGGAGCGACAAAUUUUCCCCGACGGCGGUGUCGCCUACGUAGAGAUGCUGUUCCGCUGCAACUAUCUGGCGCUGGUGGGGGGAGGUUUGCGGCCGCUCUACCCACCGAACAAAGUGCUCGUUUGGGACGACCUGAAGAAGGCACCAGCGAUCUCGCUCGAUUUCAAUGCCCCCGUCAAAGGGGUACGGCUGCGGCGGGAUCGCAUUGUGGUGGUGCUGGAAGGCAUCAUCAAAGUGUACGCCUUCACACAGACACCAACACAGCUGCAUGUGUUUGAAACCGCCAAAAACCCGCAGGGUCUGUGUGUGCUCUGUCCCAACAGCACCAAAUCGUUGCUCGCGUUUCCCGGUCGCCGUACCGGGCACGUGCAGAUCGUUGAUUUGGCCAACACCGAAAAAGCGCCGCACGAGAUUAUUGCCCACGAAACGGCCAUCAGCUGCAUUGCGCUGAAUUUGCAGGGCACACGGUUGGCAACGGCAAGCGAUCGGGGCACGCUGAUCCGCAUAUUUGACACGUCGAGCGGAGCGAAGGUGGCCGAACUGAGGCGAGGUUCGAAUCAGGCAAAGAUUUAUUGCAUUAACUUUAAUCAUCAAUCGACGUCCGUGGUGGUGUCGUCGGAUCAUGGCACCAUCCAUGUGUUUAAUCUGGAGGAGCCGAACAAAGGGCGCGACGGGAGCUCGUCCGGUGGUGGUGGUGGUGGUGGUGGUGGCGUCGGUGGUUCCAGUCUGCUGACGCGAUACUUCACCAGCCAGUGGUCGUUCUGCAAAUUUUCCAUCCCACAAGGGCCACCGUGCAUCUGUGCUUUCGGAUCUGAGAACAAUUCAGUAAUUGUGAUAUGCGCGGAUGGUCAUUAUUACAAGUUUGUCUACAACAGCAAGGGCGAAUGUUCGCGGGAAGUUUGUACGCAGUUUCUCGAAAUGUCCGACGAUCAGACGUAAGAGUGGCGAAGCCCGAACGCACGCUGGAUACAAAGGAGUUUAUAAAACACUGCACCGGGAAAGUGCUGCGGAAACAAAAAGGAAACUAUAUAUUAUGUGUUUAGGUACGGAUACGAUUCUCUUGAGGAACCAGCCAGGGGGGAAGAGCAGAAGCCGACUGGAAAUUAAUGCUGUGUGUUUGAUGCGAGUGAAGUGUUGAGGGAAAUGUAAAACAAGGUCUAUUUCCUGCAGGUCUAUUUAAUAGCGACGAAUAUGUACUACCCAGAAGGAACCGCUACGCUAAGUAAAUUAAAUACAUUUACACGACAUUUGAUUCAUCCGAUAGCUGCAUGCUGCAUGUACGAGAUUGAUAGUACUGUGAAAGCUAGAGAAAUCGCUUCGUUCUAUAAUUUAUCAGGGCCCCCGGUGCAUGACGUCACGGACUAUAUUUGGAUCGCCACACAGUAAUGCAACUGUGUGACGUGAUAUGCGUGAUAUGUAAAAAUUGUAGCGUUCAUGUAUCGGUAAGAGCCUGAUCGACCGAUACGCCGGUGUAUAAUGCUGCUUCUGUCUAUUGAUUGAGGUUUUAUUUUGAUCGAUCUGGUACGACAAUUGUAGCAAAGAGAGGAAGCAGCAUUCUUUUGCACGCUUUCAUACAAAAUUGUUCUGUUCAGGGAGAAUUGAUAAUGUUGCUUUUUUUUUUUGGAAUAAAGAAAUUGAAGAUAUGAUAUGUUAACAUCUAAA